CGGCCCGGGUUGGGAACCGUUGCUGGUCUUCCUCUGCUUCUUCUUCCUCCUCCGCCUUAUCUCUCUACUCUCUUCUCUCUCUUCCUUUUUCUGCUAUUCUGAUUUCUCUGUCUCCCUCUUUGUAAACCGCGCUUUAUUCACUUUUCCCAUCUCUCUGUAUCUGUGCUCAACAGUUAUCCGUUUAUGCCCAUCCACACGGAGCUUUAGCUUUUAAGUUUUUCUUCUUUGAUUUCUGUAUAUAAUACUUCCACAGCCUUUUCCGGACCUCUCACAGCCAACUGCUGCCUCUUGAUUUUCAGGUUUAUUUGUCCCUUGAUAUAACCGAAGACGCAAACAUGAAUCACUGCGCCAUUCUGUCAAACACCUUCUCGGGCCACGAGGAGAUGAGAACCUCUGUUCCGGGCCCCAUUUCUGACCUCAGAGAUCAGAUAGUUUGCCCUAAACCUCGACGUUUAAGCAAUCUAAAGGUCACCGUCAACGGCCACGCCGAUGCCUCACUCCGGUGGAAUCUAUGUCACCAAGUUGAGCAAAUUGACAUGGCAGCGGGACCGGAUCUGCUGGACUUCCUCCUCACAAAAAAUGGUUGCAGCGUGGACCAAUCCUUCACGCAGUUGGCUUCGUCGCCCCCUUUUUUAUGUGGGUCUCCGCCGAGCAGAGUAGCCAACCCAUUGAUUCAGGACGCCCGAUUCGGGGACGAAAAAUUCAUUCCCUUUGCACCGAUUGCAGCUUCACCGUCGGUUCAGUUGUCACCCUCCACAGCCUCCAGGAAAGGAGGCCGUGUGAGGGCGAAUUUUGGGAACAAACCAGCGGUGAGGAUUGAGGGUUUCGAUUGCCUCGACAGGGAUAGGCAAAAUUGCAGCAUCCCUGCCUUCGCCUAGAAACCCCAUCUCUAAAAUCAAUUCCAUACAAUACAAGACAUAUUAUACUUCAUCUCGGAGAUCUCAAGAGAAGAAAAGGAUACGAUUUGCGUUCGUGUAAAUACGUUUGAAGGGUUCUCUGUAAAUGUAAAUAAAAAAAAAAAAAAAAAAUCAACCCCAUGUAUACUAAAACUGUCCACUUGUAAGGCUUUUUUUGAGUCGGGGGCAAACGAUGCUAUGGAUGUCAAGCUCUUGCAUUAUAUUUUUGUAAUUAGGCGUCUGUAAGAAGAAAGUUGAGGUUGAGGACAAUUUUCAUUGUGGUUCGUUUUGGGAUCAUUUGAAGUUAAAGAGUGAGAAAGAGAGGCAAUCUGUACAUAUUGCAGAAUUUGAAAUGGAGUCUGUAAGAAAGAAGUCAUCAACAUGUGAAUAAUGUAGAACAUUUUCUGAUUGUGAAUUUAGUUCUGUCUCUGGAUUUUUGUUU